AUGGCAACAGACAACACCACUACAAACCCACUAGAUGAGCGGUUCAAGACCCUCGUCCACGAAACAUUGGACUACUGGCACGUCCCAGGCAUUUCAAUCGCAGUAGUCGAUGGAGACAACACCUGGGCCAAGGGUUAUGGCAUCGCAGCCUUCCCCGCUGAGUCCGUAACUCCCUCGACACUCUUCUACGCCGGAAGCACUACCAAAGCCUUCACCGCAGCCCUGAUGGCCACCAUCGUUGAAGACAACGACACCUACUCCCAAGUACACUGGGACACGCCCAUCAGCCAGCUCAUCCGCGACGACUUCGUGCUACACGACGAGCACGCAACCGAACACACCACCAUCGAGGAUGCCUUAUCACAUCGCUCAGGCCUCCCUCGUCACGAUCAAGCCUACGGCAACCGUCUCACCCGCGAUGAAGCCGUGCGAACGAUAGUGCGCCAGCUGCGCCAUCUCCCAUUAACCGCCCCUCCGCGCACAAAGCUCCAAUACUGCAACCUCAUGUACGUCGUCGUCUCUCACGUUAUCGAGACCCUCACCGGCGGAGAAUGGCUAGGCAACACCCUAGCCCGCACUAUCUGGCAUCCCCUCGGCAUGAAUUCUACCUAUUUUAACCUCAACGACGCCAAAGCAUCCCCUCACCACCUGGCCCGGGGAUACUACCAUACCCCUAGCGACAGCGACAAUGACACCAACCACUACCACGGAGUCCCCUGGAUGCCACUAGACGAAAUCUCCGGCGCCGGGAGCAUCAUCAGCAACGUCCUGGACUACGCGAAAUGGGCGCGCGCACUACUCUACCAAACCGAGCCCCUAUCGCCAGCCGUAUACAAAGCGAUCUUCGAACCGCGGACUUUACUGCCCUCCGAGGCGCCGUUCACAGGCCCGCGCGCAUACGCUCUGGGCUGGUACACGGGCGUGUACCAAGGCGUGCAGUUCUUCGAGCACACGGGAGGCAUGAAUGCGUUUGGGGCGGAGGUAAUUUUGUUCCCGAGUUUGAAAUAUGCGGUUGUCAUGUUGGCGAACACAGCUGGGACGUCGAAUUACGCGCAGAAGGCGUUGGCGUUUCGGUUGGUGGAUGAGAAGCUUGGUGUGCCGGUUGAGAGGCGGUUCGAUUGGAAUGCGAAGAAUAUGGCACACAUAGAAGAGGAGAGGAAGAAAGCCUUUGAUGCUAUUCAUAAGGCUCCCGCGCAUGUGAUACCGCAUUCGUUGGAGCUAGGGGAAUAUGUGGGGACGUAUGUGCACCCGGGCUAUCAGACUGUUGAGAUUUAUCUUGAUCAGUCGAAAAAUAUAUUGCGCGCUGACCGGGAUCGUACGACCUGGCCGGAGUAUCUGAAAUUUAAGCAUGUUAAUGGGGAGCAUUUUCUCGCUAUCUCGGAGCAUGUUGGGGACUUGGGGGCUUUCUUUCCUGAUGUGUAUGCGGUGGAAUUUCGCAUCGGAGAGAAAGGGAAGCCGUCCGCGCUUGGGGUGGCGUGGGAGAAGACUAUGAAGGAGAAGAUUUGGUUUACGCGGUUGGAUUAG